AUGGAGCUUGAGGACGGAUCGGAGCUCUGCUUUCCACAACUCCUGAACACCUCCUGCAGGAAGCCCACUGUGCUUUGGCACCAAGCUGUGUUCCCUCUCUUCUUGAUGUCCAUCUCCGUGCUCACUGUAGCUCUCAACCUGCUCGUCAUCAUCUCAAUCUCCCACUUCAGGCAGCUCCACACACCCACCAACAUCCUCCUCAUCUCUCUGGCCGUCUCAGACUUAUUCGUGGGUCUCCUGCUGCUGCCGGUGGAAAUCAUCCUCAAAGUAUCCUGCUGGUUUCUUGGUGACCUUGCGUGCUCUCUGUUUAAUUACAUGUCCUUCAUCAUUACCUCUGCCUCAGUAGGUACCAUGGUGCUCAUAUCAGUGGACCGCUACGUGUCUAUUUGUGACCCUUUUCAUUACACCACCCGAGUCACGGUGAAGAGAGUCAGAUUCUGUGUUUGCAUGUGUUGGCUCUGUUCUGUUUCUUACAGCGGCAUCUUUGUAAAGGAUGGCCUGACUCAACCAGGGAAGUACAGUUCCUGCCACGGAGAGUGUGGGAUUUUCAUCGGCUAUGUCACGGGGGCUGUUGACCUCGUUUUGACUUGUAUUUUUCCGGUUACUGUCAUCAUAGUUCUGUAUAUGAGGGUGUUUGCUGUGGCUGUGUCUCAGGCUCGUGCCAUGCGCUCUCACAUUACAGUCGUCACACAGCAGCUCUCAGUGGGUCCAAAAACAAAGAAGUCGGAGCUGAAAGCAGCCAGGACUCUUGGUGUUGUUGUGGUUCUGUUUCUGAUUUGUUUCUGCCCAUUUUACAUGGUCUCUCUUGUUGGUGACAGCCUGCUUAGUCAUUCAUAUGUGUCCUUUGUGCUCUAUCUGUUCUAUUUCAACUCGUGUCUGAACCCGUUGAUCUAUGCCGUGUUUUACCCCUGGUUUAGAAAAGCAGCGAAACGUAUUGUUACUCUGCAGCCCGGCUUCUGA